AUGGGAGGAAUACUGCUACUUCUAGGCCUAUGCCUGGUCAUGGCCUUGGCCUCGUUCCUCGCCGGAGCGCUGCCACUGUCUAUGUCGCUUUCGCAAUCCCAACUUCGAUUACUAUCAAGCGUCGGCGUGGGAAUCUUGGUCGGCACUUCGCUUAUAGUCAUCAUCCCUGAAGGAAUCGAAGCCGCGACCGCGCCCGCAGAGGCUACUCAUAUGCAUCGAGUUCGAAGUCUGGUGCGCCGAACCCCUUGGAGCCACGCCAGCCUUGCACGUGGCCUCCCCGAAUCAAUUGUUACAAUCAGCACAAGCCCGAUUCAAAAACGAGACGACAAGCUGGACACUGAUGCGAUUGUUCGUCGAGUCGUGGAAUCACUGGCAAGAAGUGCUCAAGUGAAACGUGCCGAUGUGAAGGCUGCGGUUGAGGCCGCAGCUGAUGUUCCAGCCAUACCAGCAGCUGGCGAUAUUGCCAAGGAUGAAGCUGCAGAUAACAAGGGAUCCGAAAAGACAGAGGCUGGAAAGGAAAGCGGCCAUAGCAAUGAUGAGGACCACGAAGCAGAACACGACCACGAGCAUGGAAAUGAGGGGGAGCACGAACAUGCGCAUGCAGUACCCACGUUCGAAAUCGGGUUCUCCCUGAUUCUAGGAUUUGUCUUGAUGUUCCUGGUUGAUCGACUGCCUCGUCAUGCGACGGAGAGCCUACAUUCUGCGCCUCAAACGCGCCAUAUCAGCCUCGAUAACCUCAACGGUGACUCUGCCUCUGUCGAUGAAGAGGCUGAUGGGUUUCUUGGAUCAAUGACACCAAGUCCACGACGAGCACGAAGUCUGGCAACUACCACAGGACUUGUUAUCCACGCUGCCGCCGAUGGAAUUGCAAUGGGCGCUUCUUCAACUACUUCAGACAUGAAACUUGGCUUCAUCAUCUUCGCGGCCAUUAUGAUUCACAAAGCCCCGGCUGCCUUUGGUCUCACGUCGCUUCUUCUCAAGCAGGGGUUGUCCAAGCGAGCUGCUCGAGGACAUCUCAUUGUCUUCAGCUUGGCUGCCCCAGUUGGCGCAAUCACAACAUGGGCUAUUAUCACCUUGUUGGGUGGUGGCAAGGUUGAGAGUGAUCACUGGUGGACAGGCAUGUUGCUCCUCUUCUCGGGUGGCACCUUUUUAUAUGUCGCUAUGCAUGCUAUGCAAGAAGAUGGUGGCGCGCACACACACGACCAUGGCUUGAACGGUUACGCAGAUGCCAGUACCUCAACUCAGCGAAAGCCCAAGGGUCCGCAGAUGCGUGAUACAUUGGCCACAGUGGGCGGAAUGGUAAUACCGCUCCUUACGCAAUUUGGCCACCAUCAUUAA